CAUUGUUAGCGGAUUAAAGCAAAAAUUCCUCCUUAGGGGAGAAAGGAAGCGCCCACGGCAGCUCCUUUGGUCUCCUUUGGCCAGAGGUGAUGACUGCCUGGGAACCUUGCGCCCCUCUACAGGGUGGGGCAAAGGUAUAUUCUGCAGUUCCCUAAUGAACCCAGGAAACCCUCCGCCGUAUUCGGGCCCUGGUCCGACGGCCCCGUACCCACCUUAUCCACAACAACCAAUGGGGCCUGAGGCCUACCCUCCAGGACCUAUGGGAGGACCUUACCCACCUCCCCAGGGGUACCCCUACCAAGGAUACCCACAGUAUGGCUGGCAAGGCGGACCUCAGGAGCCUCCUAAAACCACAGUGACAUCUUCCCCAGCUCACAGCCAUGGCUUCUCUUGUCCGAGGCGAUCGAUGGUGCAGACUUCCAGCGGGAGUGCGGUGCUAGGAACCACCUGUUGCUUGUGCCUCAUCCUGCCCUACCAUCCCCUCUGCCUUUUGGCUGACUUCAGAAUAAAAGAAAAGCUGCUUUCUCCUCUCUGAACUAAAUAAGAA